AUAGAUAUAGGCUACAGUCUGUAUUGUAUGGAAAAAAGCAUAUGUGUGUGCUGCAUGCUCUAUACUUUUGGAAAUCAGGAUGUUGCAAAUACAAUGAGAUGUAAAAGCAGACUAGAGCGAUGCUACCUUCCAUGUCAAUGAGGCAAAGGGAUUGGCUGGGAGGAUCCAGAUAUCGAAUUGCAACAUUUUCAACUGCGUUGUUGGAUUCUAAUCUAAUGUUUUUCGUCACAAUGCAGAAAGUAGGAAAUGUCUGCGUUAGGGAAGUUCUCAAAGAUUCGAAGACUUAAUGGUAACGAUGAUGUGGAGACUUCUCCCGGAAUUACCACCGAUCCUAAUCAUACUAUUUUUAUUGGAGUUUUGACAGUUAGCGACCGAUGUGCGAGAGGAGAGAAAACUGAUCUGAGUGGACCUUACUUACAACAAAUAUUACAGGAGUAUACUGGAUUUCGUUCUGCAAUAAAAGUUUACAAAAUCCUUCCUGAUGAGUCGGACGAAAUUGUGGCAACUCUUGUGGACUGGUCUGAUAAUCUCAAUUUAGAAUUGAUAAUUACUACUGGAGGAACAGGAUUAGGACCAAGAGACAUAACACCAGAAGCAACUGCUGCCGUCAUUGAAAGAGAAACUCCUGGAUUUACGAUUGCAAUAAUAACAGCAUCACUUAAAGUAACCACAGAUGCAAUGGUGACAAGACUGAAGAGUGGAAUUAGAGGAAAAACUCUGAUCAUUAAUCUGCCAGGAAGCAAGAAAGCAUCAUCAGAAUGUUUGAAAGUUGUUCUUCCUGCAAUUCCACAUGCAAUAGAAUGUCUGCAAGAUGUCAAAGCCAGGAUUUGCAUUUGUACCUCCGUUGAUGAUUACCCAGACGUUGAGGAAAUCAAGAAAAAUAGUAACGAUGCACAUGUGAUUAAACCAACAAUAGUUAUUCAAACUAACAGUGGAAGUCUGGAACCUCAAGGGCAUUCACAAUUCCAAUCCCAACAUCAUGUGAGUCUCGCUGAAAGAACAUUGAUCAACUUUUCUGAAGAAGAUUUGGCUGAUGCUGACGUGGACUUGGAGAGUCUUCUGUCAAAUAAUGCUACAAACUCUUCAACUGAAAUCAUAUCGAAAAAAGAAGAGCAGGAAUUCCCACCCUUAAGUGUACAAGGAGCUCUUGACACUGUUUUAAAUACAACAGCAACACUCAAAUCUGAAGAGAUAAGUUUGGCAGGGGCUUUUGGGAGGAUUUUAGCUGAAGAUGUGAGUGUUAUACAACAAAACCAAACCCAAACUGCCGGGAGUAGUGGUUAUGCACUUGCAGGUUCAGUAUUGGCUGGAGAGAUUCGAAACAUCAAUACAAAGGGAAUUUCGAUUAAUUAUGACCAAGCGAGGCAAGUAUCAGCUGGAUCUCGUCUUCCGAGAGGAACAAACACAGUUGUUUCAGUUUGUGAUACCAGACUAUUGGUUGGCAAUAAGAUUCAAGUUAUUCAAAAUGUGAGAUCAGGUCAAGGAGUGCAGAAUUCUCAGCUAAGUAACAGCCUUCGACCUUUGGUAAAGAAAGGAACCAAACUAGGACCGACGGAAAUUGGACAACUCACCACAAAAGGCAUAACUUCCGUCAGAACUUAUAAAAAUCCUGUGGUUGCUGUACUAUCAGUUGGAAGACAGGAUAUUGAAGCUACAAAUCACAUAACAAUACAAUCGUCUCUUCGUCAACAUUCGGUUGUUCCAUUGGACAUUGGCAUCAUAUCAGAAGAAAAAGAAAUUUUAUUUGCAUCUAUCAGCCAAGCUAUAGCAAAAGCUGAUGUUAUUGUUAUUGGAAGCAAAUCAGAGGCCAGCAGAGAUGUUAUUAGAUCACUGAUUAGGAAUAAAUUUGAAGCCAUUGUUCAUUUCGGGACUGUUUCGAUGCUUCCGUGGGUACCGAGCUAUUAUGCUACAACAAGAUAUGAAACUGACAGAAAAUUAUUCUUUGUCCUACCAGAUUGUCCUUUGGCAAGUAUUUUGUGCACAUUGUAUAUUGUUCCUGCUUUGAGAAAAUUGGGAGGACUUGAAAAUACAAAGAAUACUGUAAUCAAAGCUAAGUUGUCAAAUGACCAACCGCUCAAACAAGAUCCAGAAUAUUUGCAAUGUCAAGUUAGCUGGCGACCACAAGAAACUGUUCCAUUUGUAGAAAACAUUGGGAUCAACUUGGGUGAACAAGAAGCUUACGAUGCCAGUGCAAUUCUUGUGCUUCCAGCCAAAAGUAAUCAGUUGUCUUUACUGAGAAAGGGAGAUACCGUUGACAUUAUUUUAAUAAGAAGUGUUUGAUUUAUGACUGAAAUUAUGUAUAUAUGGCGCUGUCAAUAUGCUUUUCCAACUUUUCUAGCUCAUCUGCAACUAAAUACCCUAGUAAUUAUUGACUUGGCUGGAUAUAAACAUUUGUAAUGGUGCACUCGGUUUUCCACGAGUUUAUCAUUCAUGUCCCUUUUGUCUCACUUUCACUGUAAUUUGCAUAUAUUCAUUGUGUGUUACUAUACAACAAUAUCGUUUUUUGAUAGUUUAUAUAAGUGGGUGGGUGACCCAUGCAUAUGCAGUUUACUGGAAUGGGACAAACUAAAGCCAUCUGUGAAUGGUUUAUUAGCCCGCUACAAAUUUGUAAAAUAUCAACUUUCAAACUAUGAUCAGUUCUUUUUUGCUACUGCUUGUCGUGAUGAAGAACCCUCCUUGCAAGCUAAAUUCAGACUGAAUCAGUUCUGGGGAAAAUCUACAAUCAAGUCUAAACUUCGGGUUAAAAAAUUUGAUGUAUGCAAGCGAUUACUCACUUACUUGUACAAAUCAUAUAAAGUGCUCUUAUGAAUAAUCCACUGGUCUACAGCAACCAUUUCUCAUGCGAAAUAAAACUUGUACAAAUGAA